GUAGAGAUGUUAUUAUGAAUCUACGAGCUGAAAAGUUAAUUCCUUUUAGGCCAUGAGGGGAAAGGAUUCGCACUCAAAUCGUUUAUAGUCUCACUCUGCACUAAGUGAGAUUUUCACCAAAUCAUUUUAACAUCGCUGUGUAGGGCCCUAAGUGAAGCAGUCUGAAUAAGUGCUCUUCGCGAGGCAAAUUCGCCGCUCUCAAUAUUCUCAUCGAUAAUUUGGAUCCUUGAAUGUUAAAGAAGAACCCCCUCUUCUGGACGAAACCUUUCGACGAAAUGCUUUUGCAUGGAAUCUUAAUCAUUUUUGGUGCUAUGACUGUGCCAACUUCAGCACGAGAUGGGCAUUGCUCCCGCCCUGAUGAAACACUCGGACCCUCAGAGCUGAACGGUUCAGACUGUCAGCAAUAUGUUAGAGAAAUGUCUCGGUACUGGCAUAGGAUGAAAUGUGGCAAUGAAACACCUGCAUCUAUUGACGAAACCUGUUGUCACUCUUGGUGUGAGCAGCUGACCUCCUGUUUCAGUCAGUUGCCUCCUUGGAAAAAAGACUGUGUUAGAAUGUGGAGGUGUAGGAAAAAACCUCGCAAACAGAUUUCGAUUAUAUUGACAAAUACAACAGACUCGUCGUAUUUGGGCAGAAUCAAAGUGAAACAGUGCUGGGCGAAGAAACCGAAUUUUCCCGCCAUUAAGAUAACACCAUCAAGCGAAUUUUCAAACAAGAAACUUGUUGACACCAUCCUAAAGGAAUUGAUUGACUCUUCUGGAAAUGAUGUAAAUCAAGAAAAGAUGGAACGCACUUUCCUCACUGUCACCAAUUUGGAGGAGUUCAUUGGGAAUUAUGCUCAAAAUCACCUAAAUCAAACCGUACCUAAGAUGAACAUCAGUAGUGAACAUGCAGAUAUUUUGGUCAGGAAGAUUUUCCACGAAAAUGAGACUGGAGUACAACUUGAGGAUGAUAAAGGAGAAAACUACGUCAGCCUUCCUGUUACAGGCUUCGAUAACGGAUCAGUUGUACUUUGUGUCAUUUACAAAGAUCUCCAUGAAGUAUUCCUGAAAAAGCAGGCCGACUCUACUCCUCUCAAUAGAUUCAGUAAUAUCUUGUCUGCAACGAUAUGGCCGAGGAACAACACUUUCAGAAAGAAUGUUACACUGAAAUUUAAAAACCUAGCGGACGCGCCGGAUGGAAGUUGCGUGUUUUGGAAUACUUCGGAAAACAGCUGGUCCAGACAAGGGUGUCUCCUGCUAUCGAAGAACGAGUCUUACACCGAGUGUAGUUGCAAUCAUUUGACUCACUUUGCCGUUCUUAUGCAGUUUGACAGGGGAACUAGCGAUAACGGUUUAACUAAGACGGACGAAAAAGCGCUGGAAAUUCUCACAUAUGUGGGCUUGUCUUUUUCUCUGGUUGGAAUCACUUUAACAAUCAUCAGUUAUGCUGUUCUUACAGACAUGAGGGGGCCCUUAUCUCAGAUUCGAGUGAGUCUAGUCGCUUCACUUGGCGCAGGUCAACUUUUCUUCCUAGCCGGAAGUGGUGCUGUUGAGAACAAGUCUGCCUGUGUUACAGUAGCAGCUUUUGUUCAAUAUUUCCUAAUGGCCGCUUUCUGCUGGAUGUUGAUCGAGGGAGUUUAUCUCUACCUGUUUGUUGUAAAAGUUUACAACAUCAACGACAAGAUGAAGGUUUCACAUGGAUUUUCAUGGGGUCUACCCGCUCUCGUCGUUUCCAUAUCGCUGGGCAUUGCAGCAGGAACCGGGCCGGGGAUUAAAAGCUAUGUCAGUGAGAAGUUCUGCUGGAUGUCAUCCUCUAACGGCAUGAUCUGGAUAUUUGUUGUAUUCGUUGUGCUGAUUGAGUUGUUAAACACAUUGAUACUGGUGCGAGUUAUCAAGGAAAUGACGAUAAUGCAGCAUGUAAAAGACAAAGUCAGCGAACAAAUAAGGCUUGGUGUCAGGGCAUGCGUGGUGAUGAUUCCUUUGCUAGGGAUCACGUGGCUAUUUGGUCUUCUUUCGCCCCUGCAUAAAGCGUUUGUGUACAUUUUCACAAUUUUCAACUCUACUCAGGGCUUCUUAAUAUUCCUCCUUCACUGUGUGAGAAAUUCAGAGAUUAGAUCUCGCUUCAAAAGAAGGAUAAACGCUGUCAACCCAACUGCAGAUGAAGUAACAGGCGUUAAGCGAGCUUCGCAAGUAAAUGAAACAAUCAGCGUGAUACUGCCAAGGAAAUUGAAUGUCCAGCCUCCUAAUAACCAUGAAAGUGGCAUUGGAAUCUCUGAGAUCUGAUUCGUCAUCGUAGUGUUGUUCCUUAGCUUAGAUCUGUGUAUAUCUUAAAUUAAGAAAAUUUUAGGUAAGGAUAACCAGCUUCAGAAGGCUCUGACAGCUUUGUAUC